AUGUCCUUUGAUUCCAUCCCUAUCCUGGACUUGGCUGAGGCCAAAGAUCCAUCCACGAAGCCGAAGUUUCUGGAACAGCUGCGGCAUGCACUGCUAGAAGUGGGAUUUUUAUACCUCAAGAAUGUGGGUGUACCAGAAGAACUCACGCAGAAGGUCAUUAAGGAGGGGAUAUGUUUCUUCGAUCUGCCAAUGGAAGAAAAACUCAAGGUUGAGAUGAAGAAUGCCCCUUCAUUCUUAGGAUACUCCCGCCUCGAUGCCGAGAUCACAGCUCAAACAAUAGAUCACCGUGAGCAAAUCGACCUUUCCACAGACCAUCCUGUACGCACGCCAGAUCAACCCCUCUACCGAAACCUCUUCGCGCCUACCCAGUGGCCAUCCCCAUCAUAUCUGCCCAACUUCAAGCCCGUGUACAGUGAAUAUAUCACGUGCAUGGGCGAAAUAUCGAUAUUCUUCACGUCUCUGAUUGCUGAAGCUAUCGGACUAUCGCCGACCGCUUUUAAUAAAUACUUCGACAUCGACCAGCAACACAAGCUUAAGAUUGUGAAAUACCCAGACUUGAAGGAGUUGGGACUUUGGAAAGAAGGGGAAGCAGUGCCAGAAGGCCAGGGAGUUGGGCCACAUAAAGACAGCAUGUUCACAUCAUACUUGUUGCAAGUCACGAAGCACAGGGGCCUGCAAGUUCAGAACCUAGCUGGUGAAUGGAUCGAUUGUCCGCCAAUUGAUAACACACUGGUGGUGGCUAUUGGACAGGGUAUGGAAGCUCUUACGCAAGGAGUCUGCAUGUCAACUACACAUCGAGUUUUGUCGCCAGCUCCUGGGUCGGGCGCACGGUUUUCCGUUCCGUUCUUCCAAGGAGUCAGUUUGGAUGCCGAAUUUGACGAGUUGAAUGACUGGGAAAAUGGAGGUGGAGUGGGAAGAGUCCCGGAGGAAAUCAAGGAGAUGCGGAGGAAGGUCGUGGCUAGGAAUGGAGGAAGACUGGAUGAUGUAGAGUUUACGUUUAGUGGAGGCAAUGGAGCUAGAACCUUGGGAGAGGCUACGCUGAAAAAUAGAAUCAAAAGCCAUCCGGAUGUAGGCGAGAGAUGGUAUCCAGAUAUACUGGCUGAGAUCAGAGACAAACAAAGGAGGGAACGAGAAGAAACCGAGAGUAAAGAGGCUGUGCUAGCCUCGAAUGGCAAGCCUGGAACACCUGGAUCAGGGAAUGCCGUUGAGGCACACUGA